AAAUCAGUAUACUUCGGACCUUGCAGCUGAGUACAUCGCGAAAAUAUGCUGAAAACUAUUUUGCUGAUCGCUAGUAUUGCACUUUUCCAAAGUUGCUUGGCCGAAACGCCGGAAACGUAUCUUCUGAAGACUCACAGCCUUCCCUCGGACUUAAAUUUUAUGCCAACUUUGGGCAAUGGGCACCUAGGCUAUACUGUCUUUGGAGAUUCCAUAUUUAUGAAUGGAGUCUACAACGGAGCUGGCGGAAACAGUAAACGAGCUCGGAUACCCAAUUGGCUAAAUGUCAGCACAGAAGUUUGUGAUCGCUUUGGUUGUGCAUCUAGUCAUGAUGUUGAUGUAAAUGGAACCAGCUACGAAAUGGAUCUACAAGAUGGCUACUUCCGAGUCCUCACAACCUAUAGAACCCUGGGGAUUUCAGUAGAGCAGAGAACCUAUCCUCACAAGUUCUACAAUCGUGCCUUGGUUUAUGAAGUCGUAGCUAAGAGACUUCCCAGCAGAACUUCAAGAGCCAACUCUCCAAAGUUCCUGAAACUUACCCACUAUCCCGGCAACUCUAGCGAUGCCUUUGACUUUGUCGUUGUGAAAAAUGGCAGCUCCUCUACUGGAGAUUAUCGCACACUUCGGGGUCGAACAAAGGUGGUUGAGUUUGAAAAGUUCCAACCAGAUCCCCAGGAGAUCUUUGUCCUAUUUAGUGAAUCUUUGGAGGAGCCCCUACAACUGCAGUGGCCAACCUGGCAAGAUCAGUUCAGUCAUAGAAUUAUCAUAGCCAUAGAUAGAGAAGAGACUGUUGCACGAAAGGAACUCGAAGAUGUGCUAAGUUUAAGCUCUAGUAAUCUUCUCCAGAAACACACCGAAUCGUGGAACAGCUUCUGGGACAAUGAAUUCUCUAUUGAAAUAACAGGUGAUGCUCUGGAGCUCUCGCAGAUUGUUAACGCUGGUAUCUUCUAUUUGGUUAGCUCUCUACCGUCAAUGAAAACAAACCAGAAAAACGAACCCUUCUACGGGUUGAGUCCAACUGGUUUGGGCCGUGGAAAUCUGGAGGCGGAUUAUCAGGGACACAACUUCUGGGAUACGGAGAUCUGGAUGUUACCGAUAGUCAGUCUUUUUGGCCUGGAAUAUGGAAAAGAGGUGCUGGACUAUCGUAAAAGAAAAUUGGAUGCAGCAAAAUAUAAUGCGAAUGUGACUGGCUACAAGGGAGCUAGGUUUCCCUGGGAGAGUGCCUACACUGGGACAGAGGUCACCAAUCCCUGUUGCCCCGAAGUGUCGCAGCAGGAGAUUCAUAUAUCACCAGAUAUAACCUUUGCCCUACAAAGGUUUUACGCCCAAUCACACGAUGAUGAGUGGGCAUGUGAUACAGCUUGGCCCAUAGCCGCUGAAGUUGCUGAAUUUCUGGUUAGCCGUGCCACCUGCGAUGACUCCCAAAAUGCCUGCCAUUUACUAAACGUAAUGGGACCUGAUGAGGAUCAUCCAAACGUGAAUGAUAAUGUCUACACGAAUGCCGUAUCCAAAAUUGCUCUUAAUUUUGCAGAAUGGUUGGGCAAGAAUUGUAGUAAUACCAGCACCGAACUCAUUGCGAAAUGGCGCGAGGUUAGCGAUCGGUUGGUGAUUCUACGAGAUGAGGAGUUGGACUAUCAUCCCGAGUACCAGGGUUAUAUCCCAAACACCAUAGUCAAGCAGGCGGAUACAAUUCUUCUCGGAUAUCCGUUAAGAUUCGAUACCAGCACAACACACUCCAAUGACCUUAAGUUUUACGAAAACGUAACCCGAGAAUCGGGUCCUGCCAUGACCUGGUCCAUGUUCGCUGCGAAUUAUAUGAGACUCUUUCAGAUUAAGAAGGCCAAUGAGUAUUUCGAGCGCGGUUACAAAAGCUAUGUUCGACCCGAGUUUAAGGUGUGGAGUGAGACUCCAGUUGGCUACGAGGGAUCAGCGAACUUUCUUACCGGCAUUGGUGGCUUCCUUCAAGCCUUGAUCUUCGGCUAUGGCGGUCUAGAUUUUGGCAGAACUGACAAUGACGAAUUCUUGCUCUUUUUUGAUAUAACUAUGACCCCACCAAAUGUGGAUGAAAUCACUGUCAAAUCUUUUCCAUAUGGGAUGGCUGAGUGUACCUUCACCUUCAGAAAUCGAUCUUCCUUGAUUGUGUUUGAAGACAGGAAGGCAGAGAAAGGUUUCCAGAUGGUUCAAGGCCAGAAAAGAACUUUGCUUGGCAAAGCCUUUAACUUAACUCAUCGAAAUGAAGAUCCUCCAAUUAAAAUCAGCUUAUUGAGAUAAAUCCAAAAUGUAUUUGAAUAAAUAUGAAGAGAAUUAGAUAA